AUGGCCGCCGCUGAACAGAUUCUGGCGGGCUCCACGCAGCCCCCGAUGUACUUCCCCCCCGCAAACGCCUCGGUGCUGCAGUACCCGGAGGGCUUCGGCAAGGACGAAGCGGCCGUGGACGGAUUGUCUCGCAGCUUGAGCUGCUUAGGACUGACGGGACGCAUCUCUGAAGAGUACAUGGGACGUAUUGAUGAAGAGCCCACACCUACACCUGCAUACAACACUAAGUCGCUACAUUCAAGGUCAGCCACCGACCUGCCCUCUCUUGCUACUGUAGAGGAAGACGUGUUCAGCAUGGGGCUUGAGCAGGAAAAGGAGGGUGCAAGGCAGUGGGACAGCUCUGGUGCUGUAGAGUCUCCUGGAAGCUCAGGAGACAGAACCUCACAAUUAAAGAUCAGCGUUCAUCCUUCCCGCACACUCAUUUGCAGCAACAUUAGCAGCACCAUGUCAGAUGAGUAUCUCAAGGCUCUCUUUCAGACUUUCGGCGAUGUCCAGACACUAAGGACAGAAUACAGAUCCCAUGGCAUAGUGGUUGUUUCCUUUUUCGACUUGAGGGCCGCCUUCAAUGCCAAGCGAGAGCUUCAGGGUCGAACACUUGCAGAUCAGGCUUUGCAAGUCCAGUUCUCUGCUAUGGGGAGCUCUUUCGGGAACUUUGGGGAGGGCACCAUUCUCAUAUUCAACUGCGACCCGCACCUCGACUGCCAGGAACUUGCCCGGAUUUUCUCUAUGUAUGGAGAUGUGAAGCGCAUCCAGGAGGUGCCAGACAAGAAGAACCACAAGCUGAUCGAGUUCUAUGACAUCCGUCGUGCAAACUUGGCAAUGCAGGCCAUAAAUCGGGCUGUCGUAGCUGGAUCUCAGACUCGGCCAGAUGGUCAGGUGGAGGGUGCUGUUCCCAUGCAGCAGGCCGCCAAUGUGCAAGGACUGGCGAACGGGGGCUCUGGGGAUCUGUUGGAUCAGCCCACGGCACACAGCUGGGACGGUUCAUCAAGAAUGAAGUCCCUGCUGGCAAUGGGCACUGUUCAAAAUGCCGAGGAUUUCUUUGGCACGGGAGUGGCCCAGGGAUCCCCCUCCACCCAGCCCAGUACCUUUCUGGGGUCGGCUGUGGGGACUUCCAGCAUGGUAAAAUCCAACAGCGCCCUGGCGCUGCAGGACAUGGCCUCUUCAUCCUCGAUGGGCGCCUUGAAGGUUCCCCCUGUGCCACAGCUGGCCGGCGGCGCACUACCCCUCACAGCCCAGCUGGCCAAGGGCCUGCGGAUCUCAGACAGUGCUUCCAGCCUGGGCAGCAGGCUAUAUGGCCGGCAGCCCGCUCUUAUGACGAAUUUGGGUGGAGCGGCAGCUACACCCAUGGGAGGUAUGCCUGGUGUGGCAGAAGGGCGCGUGCUGGAUGCCCAGCUGAAGGGGUUUGCGCCAAAAGGCCUGCCUGGUCCUGGCUUGGUCCCAGGUUACAUGCACCAAGCAGGUCAUGGGCCCCAGCCGUCUCCUGAGGUCUUGCAGGCUGCGGGGUUGCCGCCCGGUCUGCUGAACAACCCCAAUGCUGCUCAUCUGUUGGGGCAGCACAUGGGAGCGCGGACUGCCCUCUCCAACAGCACCAGUGUGGGCUCUGGACUGGACAUCUAUGGGCAGCAGUCUGCACUGAGCAGUGCGAUCUCAGGGCUGCAGCAGGGUGGGUACUUGGGCUCUCCGAGUGCGGCCCAGCAGGCUAUGGGCAGGGGUGCGCCUCCUGUGGCUGCCAACCCUCCAGUGUGGGGUCAGCCUGGUGCCCAUCUCCCGAGCGCCCAGGGCCUUGCGCCUCAGACGGCAACGAAUGCAAACCUGUAUGAAACGAUCUCCAAGCUGCAGCAGGCAGGCGUGGCCACAGGAAGCAUUCCUGGGCUGCUGGCGAAUGCCGGAAUGGGCUCUCAGUCCCCCAACCCGUACCUCCAGGCAGCGAUCACCGCGAAUGCUGCACAGCUUCUGCACCAGGCGAUUGGGGGCGGGACACUACCUGGCCUGAUGAACGCGGCUGGGUCCAGCGGUGUGGACUUGUCUGGCCUCUCAAAGAGUGCAAGUUCUCCGGCUUUGAACUUGUCCCAGGAGGAGUCUCGUGAGCAGCACCGCGACCACAGGUCAGGCGGACGCCUUAGCCGAAGGAACGUGGAUCCAGUGCUGGAAGCAGAGCGGCGUGUGCAGCAGCAGCGCCUGUACGCCUUAGACAUUGAGCGCGUGAAUUUGGGGGAGGACAAGCGGACCACCCUUAUGAUCAAGAACAUACCCAACAAGUACACGCAGAAGAUGCUGCUGGCGUCGGUGGACGAGACGCUGAAAGGCAAGUACGACUUCUUCUACCUCCCCAUCGACUUCAAGAACAAAUGCAAUGUUGGCUACGGGUUCAUCAACAUGAUGACGCCCAAGGACAUCAUUCCUGUGUUCGAGCGCUUCCACAACAAGAAGUGGGAGCGAUUCAACAGCGAGAAGGUGUGUUGCAUAACUUACGCUCGCAUCCAGGGCAAGGCUGCCCUUGUAAACCACUUUCAGAACUCCAGUUUGAUGCACGAGGACAAGAAACACCGCCCCGUCCUUUUCACAAGCGACGGACCAACACAGGGUGACCCAGAGCCAUUCCCGGUGGGUCCGAACGUCCGCCCUCGUAUAACGUUCAAGGAGCGGGAUUUUCGUUCAAGGGAGAAGGGCGGAUAUUGGGGCUGA